AUGUCGUUUGUGGCUGGGCUUGUGACUGGCGUGGGACCAUCAGUGGACGCCAUCUACCCUUCUGAUCCGACAUAUGCAUCCCUUGGGCUGGACGGGCAAGUCACACCUUACCAGGUGCUCCUCUCACGUGUCAAUCGGCUGCUCUAUGGCAGCUUGACUUUGUCAGAGUCAGGAUCCGAGAAUGGCUCCGGCAGUGGAGAUGUAGGUUGCUUGGAGUUGAAUGGCAGCCCUUCGCCACAUGAGCCAAAGUAUGUGCAGAUCACGCCUCCUCCUGGCCUGAGCCGGGACAUCGGUCACGUGGCAAAGGUUUACCCAGUGGCACUCGGUCUUCCCUUCAUGAAGCAGCGCAACUUCCAGAACUUCAACUUUGCCAUCAUCUUCAAAGGCUAUGACCUGGAGAAGCAUGCCGCCUUCGAGCUUGUCCCUCGCAUAAUCGGCCGCAAUGGCGACAACAUGAAGAAAAUCUACAGAAUUGGGGUCGACGUACGCGUUCGUGGUCGCGGGAGUGGCUGGAAGGAAGUCAAGUCACCCCAUGGCAACUACGAAAGUGAUGAACCGCUCCAGUUGGCUGUUUCGUUCAAGGAGACAAUGGUGCUGUUGAAGGGCAUCGCGCAGCACUUCCACCGCUUCUGCGAGCAAAACGAUCUCGUCACCACGCCAGAAGACAAGGAAAAGAAGGACGCGAACAUGCAGUUCGAUCACUGUUCGCAAUGUCGACAGCAGGUGCGGGGCCUGCUGAUGACGUCCCAUGAACCGCAUUUUAACGGGUCCUUUCAGGGAUUCUUUACGGUCGGGACAAUGUACUCUCGCUGGUGGGAGAUGCGGCGUCUGGCGGGGACGGUGAUGGGAAGCAUCCAGGAUACCUCCAUCAUUGUCGCCACUUACAUCCAUGGCGAGGAGACCGCUGAGUUGCAGUGCGACCUGGUGCGGUACCUGAAUUUGUCCCUGAUCCUGCUCUACAUCCAGGCGAGGGAGAAGCACGGUAAGGCGGCCCUCUUCAGCCUGAACCAGCUGCAGGAGCUCGGCUUCGUGACCGCAGAGGAAGAAACCGUUUUGCGGACUCACGAAGGGGUCUCCUCGCUGCAUUCGGUGGCGUGCAUGUGGUUCCUCCAGCUUUGGCUGGAGGCCGUCCGGGACGGCCACGUGCCGGUGGAGGUGGCGGCGGUGGUGCACCAGUCUGUUCAGCAGAACAUCACCGAGCUGCGGGGUGCUGGAGCGGCCAUUUUCACCUUCCAGAACACGCCCCCGCCCAUUGGCUACUUCCGUGUGCUGUACAUGUUGCUGAAUCUGUCCCUUUUGAUCGCUCCUUUUGGCAUCUACGCAGCUCUGGAGAGCAAAGACGGCUCCCAGGUGCAUAGAUGGAUGGUAGUCCCGGUGGUUUUUGUCAUCGCCUUUUUCUUGCUCUCCUUCAUACGGAUGUGCUACGAGAUGUUUGACCCCUUCUCGGACGGCGCUGGGAGCCAUUUCCCGUUGAAGCACUACCUUGAGUCCACGUUGAGAUACUUGGAGUAA